UUCAUUGGCUAAAAACGCGUCAUUUUAAACGUCUGCUCUGAUUGGUCAUCAGUGGUACGUCAUCCACACUGGACCUGAGCAUAAGAAGUCAAGAUGGAAACUCGUUUGAAGGUCCUAAGCGUGUUUAAAGCGCUGCACAGAACAAGGAUGGCUGUAUUCAAAGACGACAACAGAGCACUGACAGCUGCAAGAUUAAAGAUCAACGAGGAGUUCCGGAAAAACAAAAAUGAAACAUCAGAAGAAAACAUUAAGAAGAUGAUUCAAAUGGGCUCAGAUGUGGAAGUUGUUUUACGAGAGGAUGUGGUACAAGUUGAACAUAUAAGAGAAAAUACAGUUUUGCUUCGACCCAGAGAGAGCCUGCUGAAAGAUAAUGUACCUUAUUGUGACCAGCCCGGGAAAAAGUCAUGACACAUUGUAUAUUUACAGCCUUCUCAUUAAAAAUGAUCUGUUACCAUCUA